AAUUAAACUUUAAGCUUACAAUCAACUAAAAACAUAGGAAACCACCCAUAUAUAAUGAAAAACUUAUAUUAUACUAUAGAUAUUGGUUUUCAAUGAAGAUUGAUAUUGUUUCUUAAAAGUAUUGUGUCAUAAGUACCUAAUAAAAACAACUAAAAUAGUAUUUUAAAAUAUGAUAAACAAUGAAAAGAAGUGAAUAGUUCAAUUGAAAUCAAAUAUAUGAUAAAUUAUCAAAAAUGAUUGAUAAUCUUACUUAGAAAAUAUUCUAAAGAAGUAAUUUUGAUGGAUUCACAAAUUAAUGUCCAAUUUUUAUAUGAUUGAUACAACACCAUGCUCAGUCUACAAAGCUUUGUGCUACUUAGUAAAAAUAAGAAAACUUUUUUUGUGCGCAGAUUUUUUUUUCAAAAGAGAAUAAACAUAUGGCUUGUAAGUUGUAACAUUCAACAAGGAAAUAUUAGGGUUCUUAAUAUUUUGAUUAAUAAUUAUAUGAGCUGAAUACUUAAGUUAUUAAGUUAUUGUAUAUUUAGGAUCGGGUUAAAUAUGUUAUAUCGUCUUAAUUCUAGUUAGGCUGGAACGUUGAUAAAAAAAAAAAAUUAGGCUGGAACAAACUUAUUUAUUUGUAAUUAGAUUGAAACAGUUUUGUUUUGUUUUUGAUUGGGUGAGACAUUUUUUUUUCUUCUCUUUAACUUACUAGAAACAAUUUUCUUUUUACCAUUAAGAAAGGCAAAAAAAAAAAAAAUGUGUGGGGCACCUGCCAGACCCACUCCUUUCUUCCGUCCGCCCCUGCUUGCAAGUCUACGUUUCCAUAUAUAUUAAUAACAAAAUAGUUGAAAAAACGACAAGAAAAUGAUUAUAGUAAGCUAUUAUUGGAUGAUUGUCUUGCAUUGCGUAAGCUCUCAACCUUAGAACCAACUUUCUGACUUUUCCAAAUUUCGAUUAUACAAUAUCGAUUAUGCCAUAUAACAAGUGACCUAGUUUAAAUUGUCGCCAUGUGAUCGUUGCAUAUGGAAAAUAGAAGAAAGAUUAUCGCAAAUUGGUUGCAAUCUAACUCUUAUUAUACACAUCAGAUAUUUAUGAUGGAUUUGUGAGCUCAAACUACGCCGAAAUUGUGAGUCUAAUCGGUUGUAAUUUUUAGUGUAUUUAUAUGUUUUAAUCGGGCAAUACAACUUUCAAGGUUGGUCAGAUCUGGUGGCGACGACUUACUCUUUUAUGGUUCAACAAUAAUGUAAUGUUACGACAAUAUGUGCACAUAUUGAGAGAUAAAGAUCAACCCUUAGAAGUUGUGCGGAUUAAAAAUAUUUUAAAAGAUUUAAAAGAAUACGACUUUUUAUUAUCUAAUAUACUAUUCUAUAAUAAUUUGAUAAAUUUAAGUUUAGGUAUUUUUAUUCUAUCUCUGAUAAAAAAUUAAUAAAUAAUUCUCUUUAGACAUUUUUUUGUUUUUAUUUUCAACUUUAUCAUAGUGUAAUGUAUCUCAAGAUCAAAUCUAUGAAUCUAUUGUUACAAGCACAAUAUGUGAAUCUCUCUUCGCCAUCCGUGGAGGUUUUGAUGAGCUAAAUAAAGGAUUCAUUUGUUGGAAACAUUUCUAAGAUGGUAUGCAUCUUACACUCGUUUUGUUUGAACUUCAUAAAGCCAUUUUUCACAAAGCCAUUUUUAUCUACUUUGCCAAUAUUUUUUUGAUAAGUGACUUUGCCAAUAUUAACAUGCCAAAUAUAGACUCCUUCUUCAUCGGUGUUCCAUCGAUCAAAUAACCUCUCAAAUCUUUCAUCCUUUCUCCUUUUGCUCUUUCUUUUGCCAAAACCCAAACAAAAAAAAAACUGUCUAUUCUCAGCUGAAACAAACAAACUGAAAUCGUUUGUCAACAGAACAAAUCAUACAGAAAAAAAAACAUUAACAAUUAUCGCCAUUUUUAGCCAAAACUCUGAUCAAGAAUCUUGCUGUUGCAUGUUGAGAGCAAAGUCUUUGUUACAAUUUUUUUUUAAGGAUAUUAGGUUCUGAUUCUAAUAAAGAUGUUAUCGUUUCGUAUCCCAUCUAUGGGAACCCAGCCGGCCGCAUUCGCAGCUAAAAUAACAGACACCACAAAGACCGUGGCACAACUCAAGUCAGCUGCGACCCCCACGCCUCACAGCACAGUCACGUGCGGCUACCAAGCUCACGUGGCGGGCUUCUUCCGUAACGUCACGGUUUUAUGGUCCAAGAAUCUCAUGAACCAUUCCCUCACCGUCAUGGUCUCUAGCUUAGACAACGAUAUGAACUAUUGCUGCAAGAUCGAUCUUGUCAAGCCGUGGCAGUUCUGGAGCAAAAGAGGUUCGAAGUCAUUCGACGUAGAAGGAAACUUCGUGGAGGUCUUCUGGGAUCUAAGGUCGGCGAAGUUGUCAGGAAACGGUAGCCCCGAGCCGGUGUCAGAUUAUUACGUGGCGAUAGUUUCGGACGAAGAGGUUGUCUUGUUGUUGGGAGACUUAAAACAUAAAGCUUACAAGAGGACGAAGUCAAGACCCGCGCUGGUCGAGGGGUUUAUAUCUUUCAAGAAAGAGAGCAUUUUUGGGAAGAAAACGUUUUCUACAAGAGCGAGAUUCGACGAGCAGAGAAAGGAACAUGAAGUGGUGGUGGAGAGCUCGAACGAUGAGAAAGAUCAAGAGAUGUGGAUAAGCAUGGAUGGGAUCGUGUUGGUGCACGUGAAGAAUCUGCAGUGGAAGUUUAGAGGAAAUGUGAUGGUGUUGGUGGAUAGAACUCCUGUGAUGGUGUACUACGAUGUGCAUGAUUGGUUGUUUGGGAGUUCGGAGUCGACGGCGAGCUCGGGGCUGUUUUUGUUUAAGCCGGUGGCGGUUGGAGCGAUGAUGGUAGACGAGUACUUUAGCGAUGCGGAGGAUGGGGAUAGUGGAGGAGGGAGUAGUCCUUUGAGUCGGUACAACUCGGCAUCUAGUGGUUAUGGGCCAUUGCAUGAGUUCUGUUUGUUUCUUUAUGCUUGGAAACUUGAGUGAUAAAUGUUAAUACACCAUAGAAAUUUUAUAGUGUUUUAAUUAUACUCUUUAAAUCUCUUUUUAUAAUUUAUUUGAUCACCGGGAGAGGUUUCUUGUUGAAAUCCAGACUAAUCACCAUGAUUAGUAAAAAAUGGAUAAUUAGCUAACUAUCUUUGGAGAUGGAAAACUAGAUCCUUAGAACAUGAUUAGUGAUGGUUUCUGAAGAAAAAUUUCUCAGGAAAGUAGUAAUACAAUAUUAAAAAGUAAGAAAGAGAAAGACUAAAAAGUGAUGUACGUUUCUUUAUGGCGAAUCGUUGAUGAAGUGGGAAGAAAUGGUUUCUACGGCUGUCUCUAUUUUACUGGUGUUUUUGUUUUCUAACUAUUAAAUUUAAAUCAGAUAGAUAAAUUAAACUAAAAUAUUAAUAUACAUGCUUAUGAAUCUGAGUCUGAGAGAUUGAACCAUCUACAAAGACCACUGGGCCACACGUUUUUGGUUAAGUUUGAAAUAUAAAGGAAGGUUAAGUUCUUAUAGAACCAUUGUCAUCCAGUUUAGAGAUGGUUUCAUAUAUGCACAGUUGUCAGUUGGUGAAUUAAAAUCUCAUAUACUUAUACAUAUGAUCUGGUAGUUGCAUUAACAUGAUUUAAGUUGACCUUUUCUCUGUCAAAGAUGUAGGUUGAACUUAAACCUUUCAAAUGUAGCCGCCUAGUCGAAACAAACUAAAUUCUUUCAUUUUCACAUUUGGAAAUUUGGCACAGUCUUUUUUUUUUGUUUGCCAGAUAACUUAAUGUGACAGCUAAAUCAAGGCCCAAUCGGGUAAAUAGUAAGAUAGCGACUCUCUUAUAAUGGCAUUGCAGCAAUAAUAAGUUAAUAACAUAUAUUUCCUAUCGGCAAUGGAGUUAAGUUAACUAGAAUUGACCAUUUGUAGAACCAAUUGUUUCAUAAUCAUAUUCAUACCAUCAUCGUUGUCAUUUAUCGUUAAUUCUAUAAAAUAAUUUUAGAAGCUAUGUCACUAAUCUUAUUGGUAAAAAGGGAAGGAGUAGGUACAAAUCAUUGAAAAAGUAGAUACUGGCUGCGUGUCAGAGUUACAGAUUACAUUGUAUAUUUUUGUGUAGACAGACGUAUCUAAUUUGGCAGAUAUUAUUUGGGUCUUCCUUUCUUUUUCACCUAGAAAACUAAAAAUAUCUCCUCUUUUAGUAGGCCGAAGAUAUUUUGUUCAUGUGGGUGAGUGUGAAACGCACAAAUAAAAAAAAGAGACAGAACAGAAGAGAUAUUUUAGGGAGAGUCAAAGCCAAUAAUGUUGUAAUAAGGGCGUAAAGUACAUCUAAAAGGGGCAGGUUUUUAGGUACGCUCUGAGAAUCCAGGAUCGAGAAAGCGCAAUAAAAAGGUUCACGUGUACACUCAUUACCGCGAGUAUAGCUAUUUUCUUAUGCGCGAGCGCGUGAGAAAACGUUCCUAAAAUAUCUGUGGGGUCCUUGAAAAAUGAAACUUUUUGCACUUUUUCCCCUAAUUUUUUUGUAAUAAGCUUUAUCUCUCAAGUCACAUGACUACAUGUCCCUUUGAGGACAACUCACCCAUUUGUUUUUUUUUUUUUUUUUGUCAACACCCAUUUGUCUAUCUAUCCCAUCUCUCUCUUUACUCUUUUCCACACGCAGACCAAAACCUUCUCAUCUCUUCUCUUCUGAAGCUUAUUCCUAUUAAAAACAUUUGUUGUUUCUGCUUCUGAAGAUACUAGAGACGGUCUCUAUCAUACUGAAAGGAGCUUUGCUUUCUCCAGCGUUACAGUUGAGCCAAAACAUCAGAUUGGUUCAGUUUUUU